GACACUUAGAAAAAUUCAUGGCAAAUAAUACAUCCUAUGUAGUCUGCAAGCAAAAUAUAGCAGCAUAAAAAAGCAUUAGAAAUAAGGAGUUGAGAAGGUGGAACUCAAUAAUGUCUUGGGGACCUUUAGAGAUGAGGUCAUUGGCUGCUAAAUCAAUGGAUGAUUUCCCAUGCUCCCGGCCUACCAGUAUCUUCCAGUACCGAAUCUGGUCCAGGAUAAUGUGCUGCCCUUUGAUAUCAUGUUUCCCGUCGUUUUACUUAAAAAUAAUGCUGUUUAUUUAGCAUGUCUUGGAGACCCUCUUUUGAAGAAACCUCAGUCAUGAAUGGCUUUAACGUCCUGCUUCGCAGCAACCAAUUCAUCCUGCUGCUGCUAUUGCUCCUGCAGGUUCAGAGUCUGGGUCUGGAUAUUGAUAGUCGACCUGCUGCAGAAGUCUGUGCCACGCACGCCAUUUCCCCAGGACCCAAAGGAAAAGAUGGUGAAAAAGGAGACACAGGAGAAGAAGGCAAGGAUGGCAAAAUGGGACGCAGGGGACCAAAAGGAGUUAAAGGAGAUCUGGGUGAUAUGGGACCCCAGGGCAAUAUUGGCAAGUCUGGCCCCAUUGGCAAGAAAGGUGACAAAGGGGAAAAGGGUCUGCUCGGCAUUCCUGGAGAAAAAGGCAGGGCAGGCACCAUCUGCGACUGUGGGAGAUACCGAAAAGUGGUCGGACAACUAGAUAUUAAUGUCGCUCGUCUCAAGACAUCUAUGAAGUUCAUCAAGAAUGUUAUAGCAGGGAUCCGAGAAACUGAAGAGAAAUUUUACUACAUCGUGCAGGAGGAGAAGAACUACAGGGAAUCCCUGACCCACUGUAGGAUCCGGGGAGGGAUGUUAGCCAUGCCUAAGGAUGAGGCUGUUAACACACUUAUUGCAGACUAUGUAGCCAAGAGUGGCUUCUUCCGAGUGUUCAUUGGAGUGAAUGACCUUGAGAGGGAGGGACAGCACGUGUUCACGGACAACAGCCCACUGCAGAACUACAGCAACUGGAAGGAGGGGGAGCCUAGCGACCCCUAUGGCCAUGAGGACUGUGUGGAGAUGCUGAGCUCGGGCAGGUGGAAUGACACGGAGUGUCAUCUUACCAUGUAUUUUGUCUGUGAGUUUGUCAAGAAGAAAAGAUAA